AUGGGGCUAGUGAAGAUCAACCGAGGGCAAGGAGGGCCAUUGCGACAGAUUCAGCUUCACCACAGAAACCCAAUUCGACCUCUGAGCCUAAAAGUUCGAUGUGAACGAAUCGGCAUCGAGCUUCAGCCUCUAACUACGAUUCAAUCUUCGAGCUUCAGUCAGAAACCUAGAUUCGAGCUCAAAGUCUCCAAGUUCGAUUUGAAUGGAAUCAUUUCCGACUUCGAUUUGACCUCUGAACUUCAACCCAAAAACCAAGAUUCAAUAGAGCCGUUUGUGUUGGUUCUUGGAGGCGAUUGCGUACGUGAACGACAUGGCGAAAGGGGUGGGAUAAGUGAGAUGUGUGGCCGAAAAUCCAACUUCUUCUGCAUCAUCGGACACAGCGAGGGCAACUGA